AUGGGGGCCGGCAGCACGGGGUCUGUGCUUGCUGUCCUGGGAGUGCUUGGUAUCUGUGCGGCCAGAGGCCCAGGACCCGCGGCGGAGGGGCAGACCCGCGGGGAGGCGGAGUGGGCGGAGCCGUGGGAUGGCACGGUUUUCCGGCCUCCGUCGGCGCUGGGCGCAGUGGGGGUGGCUCGCAGUCCGGGGUCCCCGCGGCCCGGGACGGAGGAAGCGGUGGACUUGCCGGUGCUGCUGUGGUGGAGCCCGGGGCUGUUUCCUCACUUCCAGGGAGACUCGGAGCGCAUCGAGUGCGCGCGCGGCGCGUGCGUGGCGUCCCGGGACCGACGGGUGCGGGGAGACUCGCGGACGCGCGCGCUGCUCUUCUACGGCACCGACUUCCGCGCGUCCGAGGCGCCGCUUCCGCGCCUGGCGCACCAGAGCUGGGCGCUUCUGCACGAGGAGUCGCCCCUCAACAACUUCUUGCUGAGCCACGGUCCGGGCAUCCGCCUCUUCAAUCUUACCGCCACCUUCAGUCGCUACUCGGACUACCCGCUACCGCUGCAGUGGCUGCCGGGGAUCGCUUACCUGCGCCGCGCGGCACCUCCGCUCGAGGAGCGCGCACAGUGGCGCCGCCGCGGCUACGCGCCGCUGCUCUAUCUGCAGUCCCACUGCGACGUGCCUGCUGACCGGGACCGCUACGUGCGCGAGCUCAUGCGCUACAUUCCGGUGGACUCCUAUGGGAAGUGCCUGCAGAAUCGGGAGCUGCCCGCGCCGCGCUUACGGGACACAGCCACAGCCACCACCGAGGAUCCAGAGCUCUUGGCCUUCUUGUCCCGCUAUAAAUUCCAUUUGGCCCUCGAAAAUGCCAUCUGCGACGACUACAUGACAGAAAAACUGUGGCGCCCCAUGCACCUCGGCGCUGUACCCGUGUACCGCGGCUCUCCCUCUGUGAGGGACUGGAUGCCGAGCAACCACUCCAUCAUCCUCAUUGACGACUUUGAGUCGCCGCAGAAGCUGGCAGAGUUUAUUGACUUCCUGGACAAAAAUGAUGAAGAAUAUAUGAAAUACUUGGCAUACAAGCAACCUGGGGGCGUCACUAACCAGUUUCUUCUGGAUAGUUUGAAGCAGCGCGAAUGGGGAGUGAAUGACCCCUUACUGCCUAACUACCUUAACGGCUUUGAGUGUUUUGUCUGUGACCACGAACUGGUGCGGCUGGAUGCCGAGAAGGCCCACGCAGCCUCUCCUGGGAACAGCCCGGUCCCUGAGCCUCAUAUUGCCCAGCCCUCACACAUGGACUGCCCGGUGCCCACACCUGGCUUUGGCAGUGUGGAAGAGAUUCCUGAGAAUGACAGCUGGAAGGAGAUGUGGCUGCAAGAUUAUUGGCAAGGUCUGGACCAAGGGGAAGCCCUCACUGCCAUGAUCCACAACAAUGAGACACUUCAGGGGAAAUUUUGGGAUUACCUAACAGAGAUCUUCAUGAAAAGGAACCAAAAUCUCUAA